UUUUUCUACCGCAGUCUCUGUCAUUCUAACAGCUGACCCAACAAAAGAAUUUGAUAAUUUUUGUUUUUAACUUUCCAUUAAUUAAUCUCACCAACUACAAUGGGAGGCUGGGCACUUGAAAUUGGAAAAAUGGCAUUGUACAUGACUUUUCCCGUCGCACUUUUUCAUAUUUUCAAUCAACCCGCGUACUUCGAAGAAUGGGUGACCAAAACCAAACGCGAACUCUAUCCUCCGGAGAAUGAAAGUCACCGUAAAGAACUUCAGGAUGCCAUCAAAAUGAUCCGGGCUAAACAAGAGGACAAGCAGAUGAAAGCUUUCGAAGAAAUUGAAAAUAAACAAAAACUUUAGAAGAUAUUUUGCAAGUGCAUACAUAGUUUGAUACGAAACGAAUUGAGAAAUGUUUUUUUUUUUUAAUAAUAAAUAAUUUAAAAUUAUAUUGUUGUGAAAUAAUUUAUUUAUGUAAUUGAACCAGAAGUCGUCAUUCAUCGAGACUGGAUAAUUAUUGAAAUGAAUUUUGGAACAUAAACAAACAACUGUCAAAUCUGAAAUAAACUGCACGUGUGUUUAAAGUUUUUAUUAA